UAACUUACACGCGCCAUUUGUUCCCAUCUCACAUACUCUCUCCUUCCAUCUCCGAAAAUUGAAAUCUUUCUUCUUGUUCAUCAGAUUCUGAACCCUAGAUUCGAUUCGUUCAUUCUUCAGCAAACCCCCCAAUCUAGGGUUCGCCAUAGUUACCCAAAUUCCCGUUCGAUUCUUCGGGAAUCAGGAAAAGUAUCAAGGUGAAAAGGGUUUAUAUUACGGGUUUUGGUUUCCCUUCGUCAAUGGCGAUUAUCGGAGAUGCGCUGCGUCAGGCGUUUAUGCCGAAGCACGAGUACGAGAGCCUGAGAGAGGAGGAUAGAGCUUGGAUUAAGCUUCAGAGACCCAUGUUAAUGGCGACCGUGGGCUUCAUUUGCUUUGUCAUCUUCACGUGCACGAUCGUGAGUUUGAAGAUCGUAUUUCCUUCGGAUGUUCUGAAGAGGCCGUUUUGCAGUGACAAGAAGCUACAGUCAUUGCCCAUCAAUGGCAAAUCCGGUGACUCAGAUCUGUUUUCUGGUGCUUUUUACUUGACGGAUCAAGAAACUGUGGAUUACUACUGGAUGGUCGUUUUCGUUCCGUCGACGAUAAUCUUCCUUGUAUCAUCGGCUUAUCUCGUCGCAGGAAUUGUUGUGGCUUAUUCUGCUCCUUAUCGCCAUGGAUGUCUAAAAGUAGUAGAAAAUAACUACUGUGCUUCGAGGAGAGGUGGAGUUCGCUGCCUAUCAAUUCUGAAUGUGGUCUUUGCCAUCAUCUUUGGUCUUCUCGCUCUAUUUCUUGGUUCAAGUCUCCUGACAUUGGGCAGCAACUGUUCCAUGCCAUUGUUUUGGUGCUACGAGAUAUCUUCGUGGGGUUUAGUCGUCUUAUAUGCAGGAACUGCGUUCUUCCUUCGAAGGAGAGCGGCAAUAAUCCUUGACGAAGGAGAGUUUGGUAACAGAAAUCUCGGGCUGGAGAUGCUAGAAGCUAAUAAUCCUUUGGAAGUCACACCAGAAGUCGAAAGACGGGUCAACGAGGGUUUCAAGGCAUGGAUGGGACCGUCUCUACUAUCAUCUGACGACGAAGAUGAUGAGCCCGAUGGUUAUGAGGAAGUGCCUCAGGUGACCCGUACACUUUCUAGUAGGCAAAGAGCCUGAUUCUGAAUGGGGAGAAUCCAGGACAAUGACAUGCCUAUCAUCAGAAUUUUUCAUCUUCCUCCGAACGCUGCAACGGAUAGCGACCCAUCACGUUUUUUUUGGUACAAUGAUUUGGACAAUGCAACUGUGUAGCCGGCAAGAACAUCUGAGACUACCUGAUGAGGUUAUACAGAUAGCUCUUCAAACGAAUCUGUUCUGGUGUUUUUGUUCCGUAGUAUUGGUAAAGAAGCUGUUAACAGGUUAGUAACUCUUUUUGACCAAGUGGUGUGUGAAUAGGGUGUAAGUAAAGAAACAUGCCACAGUUUGUUGUAGAUAUAUGCAUACACUCUGGCUGUACUGUCUCCCCAUCUCUUUUUUUGCAAUUUGAGUGGGUUCAUUGUUGAUUUCAAUGAUUUGUA